AUGAAUCCGACAGACUCGUUCCGCAAGGAGCAGCGGAAGCGCGAGAUCAAGAAGAACAAGGUGGAGCGCCGCAAGGUUCGCGAGACCGGCGUUCUGCGCAGCGACCCCGUCGCCAUUCGCGAGCAGAUCGCUAAGCUCAACGCCGCGAAGUCGGAGGGACCCAUGGAGAAGACUCGCAAGCACAAGCUGAGGCAACUGGAGGACCGGCUACAGCUGGUGGUGAAGAAACGCAAGGAGUUUGAGCAGAAAAUGAGGGAACGGGGAGAGGAUCCAGUCAUGUUCAGCCACCUCACUGCCCCUCGCAAGUCCGCCAACGAAGCCAUCAGGAACCUUCGCCCAGAGGUGCGUGUGUGUGUGUGCUCAGUCCAGGGUGGAUGGGGGAAGGAGAGGGGGGAGAAAGAGGAGGGGAAAAGGGGAGAGGGGGGGAAAGAGGAGGGGAAAAGGGGAGAUGGGGGGAAAGAGGAGGGGAAAAGGGGAGAGGGGGGGAAAGAGGAGGGGAAAAGGGGAGAGGGGGAAAAAGAGGAGGGGAAAAGGGGAGAGGGGGGGAAAGAGGAGGGGAAAAGGGGAGAGGGGGGGAAAGAGGAGGGGAAAAGGGGAGAGGGGGGGAAAGAGGAGGGGAAAAGGGGAGAGGGGGAAAACGAGGAGGGGAAAAGGGGAGAGGGGAAAGAGGAGGAGAAAAGGGGAGAGGGGAAAGAGGUGGGGAAAAGGGGAGAGGGGGGAAAAAGAGGAGGGGAAAAGGGGAGAGGGGAAAGAGGAGGGGAGCAGGGGGGAGAGGGUGGAGGGAGGGGGGGGGGCAGGGAGGGGAUACCAUCAUACCAUGCUGAGACCAUGCCCGGCACACCGGCACGCAUCCCCCACCAGGGAAAGCGCCCAUGUAUCGGCCCUCUCUCUCAAGACCGUCAGCAGGGCACGGAACAAGCGACGGGGAAGAGGAGGAGGAGGAUGAGGAGGAAGAAGAUUCGAUGGAUGAAGAUGAGGAGGAUGAGGAGGACGAGGAGGAGGAAGAGGGGGAGGGGGAGGGAGAGGAGGGAAUGCAUGGCACAGGGGGAGCUGCAGGGGGAGCUGCAGGGGGAGCUGCAGGGGGAGCUGCAGGGGGAGCUGCAGGGGGAGCUGCAGGGGGAGCUGCAGGGGGAGCUGCAGGGGGAGCUGCAGGGGGAGCUGCAGGGGGAGCUGCAGGGGGAGCUGCAGGGGGAGCUGCAGGGGGAGCUGCAGGGGAGCUGCAGGGGGAGCUGCAGGGGGAGCUGCAGGGGGAGCUGCAGGGGGAGCUGCAGUGCAGGGGGAGCUGCAGGGGGAGCUGCAGGGGGAGCUGCAGGGGGAGCUGCAGGGGGAGCUGCAGGGGGAGCUGCAGGGGGAGCUGCAGGGGGAGCUGCAGGGGGAGCUGCAGGGGGAGCUGCAGGGGGAGCUGCAGGGGGAGCUGCAGGGGGAGCUGCAGGGGGAGCUGCAGGGGGAGCUGCAGGGGGAGCUGCAGGGGGAGCUGCAGGGGGAGCUGCAGGGGGAGCUGCAGGGGGAGCUGCAGGGGGAGCUGCAGGGGGAGCUGCAGGGGGAGCUGCAGGGGGAGCUGCAGGGGGAGCUGCAGGGGGAGCUGCAGGGGGAGCUGCAGGGGGAGCUGCAGGGGGAGCUGCAGGGGAAGCUGCAGGGGGAGCUGCAGGGGGAGCUGCAGGGGGAGCUGCAGGGGGAGCUGCAGGGGGAGCUGCAGGGGGAGCUGCAGGGGGAGCUGCAGGGGGAGCUGCGGGGGAGCUGCAGGGGAGCUGCAGGGGGAGCUGCAGGGGGAGCUGCAGGGGGAGCUGCAGGGGGAGCUGCAGGGGGAGCUGCAGGGGGAGCUGCAGGGGGAGCGAGAAGCUGCAGGGGGAGCUGCAGGGGGAGCUGCAGGGGGAGCUGCAGGGGGAGCUGCAGGGGGAGCUGCAGGGGGAGCUGCAGGGGGAGCUGCAGGGGGAGCUGCAGGGGAGCUGCAGGGGAGCUGCAGGGGGAGCUGCAGGGGGAGCUGCAGGGGGAGCUGCAGGGGGAGCUGCAGGGGGAGCUGCAGGGGAGCUGCAGGGGGAGCUGCAGGGGGAGCUGCAGGGGGAGCUGCAGGGGGAGCUGCAGGGGGAGCUGCAGGGGGAGCUGCAGGGGGAGCUGCAGGGGGAGCUGCAGGGGGAGCUGCAGGGGGAGCUGCAGGGGGAGCUGCAGGGGGAGCUGCAGGGGGAGCUGCAGGGGGAGCUGCAGGGGGAGCUGCAAGGGGGAGCUGCAGGGGGAGCUGCAGGGGAGCUGCAGGGGGAGCUGCAGGGGGAGCUGCAGGGGGAGCUGCAGGGGGAGGCUGCAGGGAGCUGCAGGGGAGCUGCAGGGGGAGCUGCAGGGGGAGCUGCAGGGGGAGCUGCAGGGGGAGCUGCAGGGGGAGCUGCAGGGGGAGCUGCAGGGGGAGCUGCAGGGGGAGCUGCAGGGGGAGCUGCAGGGGGAGCUGCAGGGGGAGCUGCAGGGGGAGCUGCAGGGGGAGCUGCAGGGGGAGCUGCAGGGGGAGCUGCAGGGGGAGCUGCAGGGGAGCUGCAGGGGGAGCUGCAGGGGGAGCUGCAGGGGGAGCUGCAGGGGGAGCUGCAGGGGAGCUGCAGGGGGAGCUGCAGGGGGAGCUGCAGGGGGAGCCUGCAGGGGGAGCUGCAGGGGGAGCUGCAGGGGGAGCUGCAGGGGGAGCUGCAGGGGGAGCUGCAGGGGGAGCUGCAGGGGGAGCUGCAGGGGGAGCUGCAGGGGGAGCUGCAGGGCAGGGGGAGCUGCAGGGGGAGCUGCAGGGGGAGCUGCAGGGGGAGCUGCAGGGGGAGCUGCAGGGGGAGCUGCAGGGGGAGCUGCAGGGGGAGCUGCAGGGGGAGCUGCAGGGGGAGCUGCAGGGGGAGCUGCAGGGGGAGCUGCAGGGGGAGCCUGCGGGGAGCUGCAGGGGGAGCUGCAGGGGGAGCUGCAGGGGGAGCUGCAGGGGGAGCUGCAGGGGGAGCUGCAGGGGAGCUGCAGGGGGAGCUGCAGGGGGAGCUGCAGGGGGAGCUGCAGGGGGAGCUGCAGGGGGAGCUGCAGGGGGAGCUGCAGGGGGAGCUGCAGGGGGAGCUGCAGGGGGAGCUGCAGGGGGAGCUUGCAGGGGGAGCUGCAGGGGGAGCUGCAGGGGGAGCUGCAGGGGGAGCUGCAGGGGGAGCUGCAGGGGGAGCUGCAGGGGAGCUGCAGGGGGAGCUGCAGGGGAGCUGCAGGGGGAGCUGCAGGGGGAGCUGCAGGGGGAGCUGCAGGGGGAGCUGCAGGGGGAGCUGCAGGGGGAGCUGCAGGGGGAGCUGCAGGGGGAGCUGCAGGGGGAGCUGCAGGGGGAGCUGCAGGGGGAGCUGCAGGGGGAGCUGCAGGGGAGCUGCAGGGGGAGCUGCAGGGGGAGCUGCAGGGGGAGCUGCAGGGGGAGCUGCAGGGGGAGCUGCAGGGGGAGCUGCAGGGGGAGCUGCAGGGGGAGCUGCAGGGGGAGCUGCAGGGGGAGCUGCAGGGGGAGCUGCAGGGGGAGCUGCAGGGGGAGCUGCAGGGGGAGCUGCAGGGGGGAGCUGCAGGGGGAGCUGCAGGGGGAGCUGCAGGGGGAGCUGCAGGGGGAGCUGCAGGGGGAGCUGCAGGGGGAGCUGCAGGGGGAGCUGCAGGGGGAGCUGCAGGGGGAGCUGCAGGGGGAGCUGCAGGGGGAGCUGCAGGGGGAGCUGCAGGGGGAGCUGCAGGGGGAGCUGCAGGGGGAGCUGCAGGGGGAGCUGCAGGGGGAGCUGCAGGGGAGCUGCAGGGGGAGCUGCAGGGGGAGCUGCAGGGGGAGCUGCAGGGGGAGCUGCAGGGGGAGCUGCAGGGGGAGCUGCAGGGGGAGCUGCAGGGGGAGCUGCAGGGGGAGCUGCAGGGGGAGCUGCAGGGGGAGCUGCAGGGGGAGCUGCAGGGGGAGCUGCAGGGGGAGCUGCAGGGGGAGCUGCAGGGGGGAGCUGCAGGGGGAGCUGCAGGGGGAGCUGCAGGGGGAGCUGCAGGGGAGCUGCAGGGGGAGCUGCAGGGGGAGCAGGGGGAGCUGCAGGGGGAGCUGCAGGGGGAGCUGCAGGGGGAGCUGCAGGGGGAGCUGCAGGGGGAGCUGCAGGGGGAGCUGCAGGGGGAGCUGCAGGGGGAGCUGCAGGGGGAGCUGCAGGGGGAGCUGCAGGGGGAGCUGCAGGGGGAGCUGCAGGGGGAGCUGCAGGGGGAGCUGCAGGGGGAGCUGCAGGGGGAGCUGCAGGGGGAGCUGCAGGGGGAGCUGCAGGGGGAGCUGCAGGGGGAGCUGCAGGGGGAGCUGCAGGGGGAGCUGCAGGGGGAGCUGCAGGGGGAGCUGCAGGGGGAGCUGCAGGGGGAGCUGCAGGGGGAGCUGCAGGGGAGCUGCAGGGGGAGCUGCAGGGGGAGCUGCAGGGGGAGCUGCAGGGGGAGCUGCAGGGGGAGCUGCAGGGGGAGCUGCAGGGGGAGCUGCAGGGGGAGCUGCAGGGGGAGCUGCAGGGGGAGCUGCAGGGGGAGCUGCAGGGGGAGCUGCAGGGGGAGCUGCAGGGGGAGCUGCAGGGGGAGCUGCAGGGGGAGCUGCAGGGGGAGCUGCAGGGGGAGCUGCAGGGGGAGCUGCAGGGGAGCUGCAGGGGGAGCUGCAGGGGGAGCUGCAGGGGGAGCUGCAGGGGGAGCUGCAGGGGGAGCUGCAGGGGGAGCUGCAGGGGGAGCUGCAGGGGGAGCUGCAGGGGGAGCUGCAGGGGGAGCUGCAGGGGGGAGCUGCAGGGGGAGCUGCAGGGGGAGCUGCAGGGGGAGCUGCAGGGGGAGCUGCAGGGGGAGCUGCAGGGGGAGCUGCAGGGGGAGCUGCAGGGGGAGCUGCAGGGGGAGCUGCAGGGGGAGCUGCAGGGGGAGCUGCAGGGGGAGCUGCAGGGGGAGCUGCAGGGGGAGCUGCAGGGGGAGCUGCAGGGGGAGCUGCAGGGGGGGGAGCUGCAGGGGGAGCUGCAGGGGGAGCUGCAGGGGGAGCUGCAGGGGGAGCUGCAGGGGGAGCUGCAGGGGGAGCUGCAGGGGGAGCUGCAGGGGGAGCUGCAGGGGGAGCUGCAGGGGGAGCUGCAGGGGGAGCUGCAGGGGGAGCUGCAGGGGGAGCUGCAGGGGGAGCUGCAGGGGGAGCUGCAGGGGGAGCUGCAGGGGGAGCUGCAGGGGGAGCUGCAGGGGGAGCUGCAGGGGGAGCUGCAGGGGGAGCUGCAGGGGGAGCUGCAGGGGGAGCUGCAGGGGGAGCAGCAGCGGGAAUGUUUCCCCCCCCAGUUCCCCCCCCCGCACUUGCAACAGCCUCCCCCUCCUCCCCCUCGCGCUGGAUUCCCCCCUGGCAUGCGCCCCCCUCCCCCUCCCCCUCGACCUGGGGCAGAGGGGGGGAGGGGAGGGGGUGGGGGAGGGGAAGAGGAGGAGGAUGCUAGGCCUCCGGGGGUUGAUCUUGCUGCUCCGCCUGGUGCUGGUGCUGGUGCUGGUGCUGCUGCGGCCGAGGGGAAAAGAAUCCCCCCUCCCCCUCCUCCCCAUCACCACCUCCCCCUGGGAUCCGCCCCCCCCGAAUCCACCCCCUCCUCUCGUCCCCCUGGUGUUCCCCCUCCCCCUCCCCCCCGCAUUGCUCCUGGAGCCCCCCCUUCCGCCACUCCCCCCAACCUCCCCCCAGGCAUGCGCCCACCUGUUUUUCCCCCACCAAUGGGCCCCCCAGGAGCCCCCCCUGGGGGCCCCCCUAGUAACCGCCCCCCUCCCCCUCCCCCGCGCCCCAUGGGGGGAAUCCCCCCCGGCCCUCCCCCGAGACCCAUGGGAUCCGCGCCCCCAUCCAUGCACCCUCCCCCCGGCCCUCCCCCCGCACACCUCCUCCGCCCUCCCCACCCUUCCCUCGCCCCUGGCGCUCCCCCGGGCGCUCUAGCCCCCCCCGCCCACCUUCCCCCAGGCAUGCGCCCUCCCCCUGGCCCUCCACCUGGCCGUCCCCCUGUGGGCCUGGGGGGAGGACCGGGGGGAGGUAUUCCCCCUCCGCCUCCCCCUGGUAUGAGACCCCCCCCAGGCCCCCCCCCAGCAGAAGCGCUAGCAGGUGUGGGCGGGGGGAUGGGAGGAGGAGACGGGGGAGGAAUGGAAGCAGGAGCGGCAGGGGGAGGGGGAGCAGGGGGAGCAGGGGGAGCAGGGGGAGGAGGGGGAGGGGGGGAGGGUAAGCCUACUCCUGCGUAUGUGAAGGUGGCAGCUCCAAUGGUGGUGAAACGGCCUCUGGCACAACACACACCGGAACUGACUGCCAUGGUGAGAGGGAUCAUUUCGUAUGUGAAGGUGGCAGCUCCAAUGGUGGUGAAACGACCUCUGGCACAACACACACCGGAACUCACAGCCAUGGUCCCAGCAUCUGUGCGAGUGAGAAGGCAGGAGGCACUAAUGAAGCCCAAACCAAAGGCUGCUGCUGCUGCUGUCCCAGCAUCUGUGCGAGUGAGAAGGCAGGAGGCUCGGAUAGUGCCCAAGCCCAAGGCAAAGGCUCCUGCCGCUGCUGUCACCUCUGUCUGCCUCAACUGUACUGACUAUUUCUCUCUUCUCCUUCCCCACCACCAGGUCCCAGCGUCUGUGCGGGUGAGAAGGCAGGAGGCACUAAUGAAGCCCAAACCAAAGGCCGCUGCUGCUGCUACUGCUCGGGCUGCCCCUGCUGCUGCUGCUGCUGCUGCUGCUGCUGCUGCUGCUGCUGCUGCUGCUGCUGCUGCUGCUGCUGCUGCUGCUGCUGCUGCUGCUGCUGCUGCUGCUGCUGCUGCUGCUGCUGCUGCUACGGCUGCCGCUGCUGCUGCGCCGACUAAACCACCGAGUAUUGACGACUCGUAUUCUGCUUUUAUGGAGGAAAUGAAGGAGCUGGGGGCAUUUGAGGGGGAUGAGAGCUAG